CCGUAGAAACAGGAAGUGGGACCAAAACAAAGGAGCGGCGGCCGGGAGCGGACCUGCCUUUUUCUCCCUCUUCCGCGCUCAUAUUGGCCCUGGCCACAGACCCCUAGGAACCGUCCGACUAUGUCCAACAUGGAGAAACACCUGUUCAACCUAAAGUUCGCCGCCAAAGAACUCAGCAGGAGUGCCAAAAAAUGCGACAAGGAGGAAAAGGCCGAAAAGGCCAAGAUUAAAAAGGCCAUUCAGAAGGGCAACAUGGAAGUGGCGAGGAUACACGCCGAAAAUGCCAUUCGCCAGAAGAACCAAGCGGUGAAUUUCUUGAGAAUGAGUGCGCGGGUCGAUGCGGUGGCUGCCAGAGUCCAGACGGCGGUGACGAUGGGCAAGGUGACCAAGUCGAUGGCCGGUGUGGUUAAGUCGAUGGAUGCGACGUUGAAGACUAUGAAUCUGGAGAAGAUCUCUGCUUUGAUGGACAAAUUUGAGCACCAGUUUGAGACGCUGGACGUCCAGACGCAGCAAAUGGAAGACACGAUGAGCAGCACGACUACGCUGACCACUCCCCAGAACCAAGUGGAUAUGCUGCUCCAGGAAAUGGCAGACGAGGCCGGCCUAGACCUCAACAUGGAGCUGCCGCAGGGGCAGACCGGCUCUGUGGGCACGAGCGUGGCCUCCGCCGAGCAGGAUGAACUGUCCCAGAGACUGGCCCGCCUGCGGGAUCAGGUGUGACGACAGAACCCACUCUGAGGUUUCCUGGCCGUAGCCACCUUCUGAAAUGCUCUGUAAUUAAUGAGAUACUAUACACUAGAAACUCUGAACAUGCCAGAAUGCUGAAAUGCUCUCUACUUAUGAUGCUUCUACCUUUGGGUUUACAGUGCUCUCCAGAUACACUAAGAAAUUCCAGGCUCCCUCCAUCUUAACUGGAUUUUAAAGUUCCGUAUAGCUUGUGAUGAUGUGUAUUUUUAUAGCUGCCUUUUAACAGAACUAGUUAAUUUGGUGUGUAUGAAUCUUUCUCAAAAAUUUGGUCCAAACUCUUGUUCGGUGUAUUCAGUUUUCUGCCUGAAUUUUCAAAAUUGGGGAUUUUUUUUUUUAAUUUAGUGUAAUUGGUAAUAUCUAGAAUUGACAGGUGGUGCAUAAAAAUUAAGAGGAGAAGGAUUACUUAGAUUGAUUACAGGGCUAUCAACACCUCAUUCAACUUAAUGGACCGUGCUAUUUCUGUGGGGUUUGGGGAGUCUUUUGUUUUGUUUUGUUUUGUUUUGUUUUUUUGCCAUCGCCUCCAGACUUCUGUUGAUCUGUUCACAUAAUUUAUACUGAAAUUAUGGUGGGACAUUGUGCAUAAUAUUUUCUUACUGUUUAUGUUCUAUAAAUUUUUCAUGUGGUAGUUACGUUUUUACAACUGGAAAAAGGCCACAUAAUUUCAUUUAUUAUAAGGAAAAAUUGUUUGCUCAUUUAUAUUUUUAUUUACUAAAGACUUUGUCAAAAGACAAGGUUUAACGUGACAGUUUCAAAUGAACGUCUUGAACACACUUCUAGUUAUUUUCCUAUCUCAACACUUUAAUUAGCCUUGUUAUAAAGUAUGUUAAUUAGCAUGGCAGUCAUAUUACUCUAACAUUGCCAAAGAACUGUUGAUUGGUUUAAGAGAACUCCGGGGUGGUGUGUUUGUAGGUUUUCUUUUGAUUUUAAUAACCAAAAAUAGACAUCAAAUUAGAACUGCAUUUUAGGUUCUAAUUACUUGCAUUUAUUAUUUUCUUUUAGAGGAACAACUUGUUGAAAAGCCUUGGAAGUAAGUUGGAAUGUUUUAUUUAGCCAUGCAAAUAACUUAAGUAUAUGUGCAGCCAGCUGGAAGUCUGGG